AUGAACGUAGCGCCUCGACUCGCGCGAAGCUCAGCCCGCGCGGCUUCUUCACAAUGGUUAUGUUUCUUCUGCCAGAAUGCCCGCCCGAAGCUCCAGCGGAAUGCCUUCAACUUUGCCCGCAAUGCAUCGAAUAACGCCCGCGCGGGACAGCCUUAUACACCGACGAUGGACGAGAUUCGUGCGCAUUAUAGCAAGAAGAACAGAACCGUAGCGUACUAUGUCUUGAGUACAAUCCUCGGAUUUGUAACCCUCACUUAUGGCUCUGUGCCCUUGUACAAGAUGAUCUGCCAGACUACCGGCUGGGGCGGUCAACCUGUACGUGCCCACGGCGGUCCAGGAUCAGGUGAUGACGGCGAUCUCGCAAGUCGACUCGUGCCCGUCAAAGACGCAAAGCGAAUCAAAGUCACAUUCAGUGCCUCUGUGUCCGAUGUCCUGCCCUGGAAGUUCGUCCCUCAGCAGCGAGAAGUGCGAGUUCUCCCUGGUGAGACCGCACUGGCUUUCUACAAGGCCACCAACAAUAGUGACCAGGACAUCAUCGGAGUUGCUACCUACAGUGUGACACCUGGCCAGUGUGCGCCUUACUUCAGCAAGAUCCAGUGUUUCUGCUUCGAGGAGCAGCGCCUCAAUGCGGGCGAGACUGUGGACAUGCCCGUAUUCUUCUACUUGGAUCCCGAUCUGCUCAAUGAUAUGAAUAUGAGGGGCGUAGAGACGGUGACAUUGAGUUACACCUUCUUCAAAGCAAGAUACGAUAACAAUGGCCGAUUCCAGAGACCUAUGUCUGCAUAG